AUGCCAAUAUCAGCGCUUCCCCAGUCCACUGUUCGAAACCUAGGCUCCUCAGUUACCAUAACCACUCCUUGCGACCUGGUCAAAGAGCUCAUUGACAAUGCCAUCGAUGCCGGAGCCAGCUAUAUUGAAGUUGCAGUCUCUUCCAACUAUCUCGAUACGAUUCGAGUCCGAGACGAUGGCCAUGGAAUCGACAUCGACGACUUUGACGCCCUGGGUCGGCGAGCUCGUACGAGCAAAUUGAAAGCAUUCAGUGAGCUUGGAUCGAGAGUUAGAGAAACACUCGGCUUUCGCGGCGAAGCACUUGCAGCGAUGAAUACGUUCGCUGCCGUCUCCAUCACCACUCGGACACCGAAAGAUGUGGUAGCGACUCGUUUCCAGCUCAAGCGCGCUGUUGGAGGAGCGGAGAAUAGAUCCCCUGUGUCAGCUCCCGUUGGGACGACCGUACAAGUUACGAAGCUCUUUGAUACACUGCCCGCCAGAAAGCAAUAUUCUUUGAAGAACAGCGCCAAGUACAUCAAAUCUACCAAAGAGCUCUUGAAAGCAUACGUGCUAGCUCGGCCUGAUCUCAAGUUAUCAUUCAAAGUACUCAGCGAGACUACCGGCAGCUGGUCAUACGCUCCAGCCUCUGCGACAGAUAUCAAUGAGGCUGCUCUACAGAUAUUCGGAAAGCCUUUGGCCAGCAGCUGUAUCCAUGUGUCUCGUAACUCCGCAUGCGAUCAAGCCGAAUUCCCCCAAGAUAGUCAACAGAUCGCCGAAGAUUUUAUACUGGAAGCUUUUAUGCCAAAGCCCGGGUUUGACGUCCAUGCCGUCAAAAGCAAAGGCCUCUACUUAUCAGUCGACUCAAGACCACUCGCAGCUACUUGUGGCAUAGCCAAGCUAAUUACAGCCAUUUUCAAGAGCCAUUUAAACAGAGUCACAGGCAGCACAGAAUCUGGUAUCAGCAUACCCAAUCCGUUUUUGCGGCUCAAUAUUCGCUGUCCAGCCCAUAGUUACGAUGCGAACGUUGCGCCGCUGAAAGACGAAGUUUUGUUUGGAGAUGAAAAAAAGAUUAUUGCUUGUUUUACAAGACUAUGUCAGAGAAUCUACUCCGAGCGAUAUAUGGACCACUCAUUUUUAACCCCGAAGCCGUCAAAGCCCGAACAGAAGUUGGGGAACUCGAUGGUGCACACUGAGGACAGUGAGGAUUUAUACGCUGCGGAAGAUCUGAACCCAUUUCAGAGUACAUCACUAGGAGACCAUACAGCUGCUCAAGCCACCACAUCGCUGCCUUUACCUCGUGAGCUGGAUUCUCAAAGUGGAGUAUCGCUAACUAGGAUGAGGACAUCGAAGAUUGUCAAUAUGUCUCGUACCAGCAGCAAUUCUACUGACGAGGACAGUACUAUCAACAGCGUUGAUAUACAAGUGCCUCUUGCACUCUUGACUGCAGUUCAAAUCCCACCUAGACAGAAGCCGCAAGUCUCCAAAAUUUCUGCCUCAGAGAACAUUGAACGAUAUCUACUCCCGCGGAAGGAUCAAGAGUUUCGGAUUGCAACUGAUGAGACAGCAACCCAGACAAACUGCUUGCAGAGAAAUAUCCCAGAAUCACCUCCCGGUAUAUUUGACCGUAUGCCUUUGCAGCCCUUGACUGAAUCCAUGUUAAAUGCGAUGAAUGGUCAAUCAGAGUCAGAAUCAGAUGUGUCUAGUACAGAGCUCGAGACCUCAACAUUGGAUGACGAUAUAGAGAUGACAAACAACGUCAAUCCCAGAGAAGGGAGAGCCCAGCGAGCUUCACUCGUUCCUACUCUACCUUCGCUGGAUCAAGAACACUCGGCGUUUCACUCUCCACGACAACCAAGAAAUAUUCCAGAAUGGCCAACACCUCCUUCAUCUAACUUUUUACGAAAUGAGAGAUCCUCCAAUCCCCCGUUUAGACCUCCGGGGAGAUCUUCUCAGAGAGAAAGCCCUACAGGAAAUAUCGCAGUGCGACCUCAGCUCAGAGCUCCGCCAACCGGCAGACUAAUAGCUUUUCCAUUGCCAGGAGAGAAUCGCAACCGGCGGCGAGCAACACAUGACCAGACAAGUGAACGAGGAGGUGACACGCCGAGAGCUAACCCGAGAGAUAACCGACCUCAGUCAUACUUCCAAGGAGUUCAAGGGCUGAAUCGACGGGAAGACAGCAUGAAUAAUACUUUUGAAUGGGCAUCACAACCGGAUACCAGCCGGCAAAAUGCUUCACAGCCGUCUUUCCUCUCACAUGGGCCCAGUCAUCGCUCUCAUACUAUGCAGGCGCCUGUAGUGGAUAGUCAAUCUCCUGGAAUCAUAUCACGGCCCAGGGUUGCCCAAGAUAGGCCAAACGCACGCGAUAGUUUCCCAGUAACCCCUCAACGAGAUAUUCGCCCAUCAACCAAAGCUUCUGUUUGCGAUAAAGCCCCAAAAAGAGCGCCUCUCGAAGAUAUAGAUGAUGACCUUGAAGAUCCGAGAUUCUAUCUUAUUAAGAGGCAGUGUUCACAAGCGAACCAUGGCAUUGCGAGGCGACUGUCAUCCCGCCGACUUCCCCUCUCAGUGACACCAAGCCAUCUGGCCAUGUAUAACUCCUCAAUCUCUCGUAGGAUCUCUCUGACAAAGGUCAAGACUUUGGCAAAACAAACCUGUCUCCAAGGCUACGAUAUUAUAUCAGACGACAGGGGCAACACAAUAGCUUUUGAAACCAUGGAAGAAGCUGGCAAGAUAGCAUCCCGUCUUCAGCAUGCAGUUGACUCGUGGAAGCAGACACAGAAUCAGACGAUUGAAGUGGAACACAAGCUACGAUCGGCCGCCGAAGGUAAGAAUACCGCACUUACUGACCAAUAA